ACUUUAUUGAGCAGCCAAUCCUGUGAUAGGCUCACCUCCCUCUACCCAGAGUCACUUCUGCGGCCGCCGCCAUUUUAGCGUUUUGUCAGGAGCGUCCGCGCCGCGAGGAAGAGCCCCUGCUGAUUUUCGUGCGGGCUGUGUCCGAGAUGGUGAAGCUGUUCAUUGGAAACCUGCCCCGGGAGGCCACAGAGCAGGAGAUCCGCUCACUGUUCGAGCAGUAUGGGAAGGUGCUGGAAUGUGACAUCAUUAAGAACUACGGCUUUGUACACAUAGAGGACAAGACGGCGGCCGAGGAUGCCAUUCGCAACCUGCACCACUACAAGCUGCACGGAGUGAACAUCAACGUGGAAGCCAGCAAGAAUAAGAGCAAAACCUCCACAAAGUUGCACGUAGGCAACAUCAGUCCUACUUGCACCAACAAAGAGCUUCGGGCCAAAUUUGAGGAGUACGGUCCAGUCAUCGAAUGUGACAUCGUGAAAGAUUAUGCCUUCGUACACAUGGAGCGGGCAGAGGAUGCGGUGGAGGCCAUCAGGGGCCUUGACAACACAGAGUUUCAAGGCAAACGAAUGCACGUGCAGUUGUCCACCAGCCGGCUUAGGACUGCGCCCGGGAUGGGAGACCAGAGCGGCUGCUAUCGGUGCGGGAAAGAGGGGCACUGGUCCAAAGAGUGUCCGAUAGAUCGUUCGGGCCGAGUGGCAGACUUUACCGAGCAAUAUAAUGAGCAGUAUGGAGCAGUGCGCACACCUUACACCAUGAGCUAUGGGGAUUCGUUGUAUUACAACAACGCGUACGGAGCGCUCGAUGCCUACUACAAGCGCUGCCGUGCUGCCCGGUCCUAUGAGGCAGUGGCUGCUGCAGCUGCCUCUGCGUAUAAUUACGCAGAGCAGACCUUGUCUCAGCUGCCACAAGUCCAGAACACAGCCAUGGCCAGUCACCUCACCUCCACCUCUCUCGAUCCCUACGAUAGACACCUGUUGCCGACCUCAGGAGCUGCUGCUGCUACAGCUGCUGCUGCUGCAGCAGCCGCUGCUGCUGUUACUGCAGCUUCCACUUCAUAUUACGGGCGGGAUCGGAGCCCCCUGCGUCGCGCUACAGCCCCAGUCCCCACUGUUGGAGAGGGCUACGGUUACGGGCAUGAGAGUGAGUUGUCCCAAGCUUCAGCGGCCGCGCGGAAUUCCCUGUACGACAUGGCCCGGUAUGAGCGGGAGCAGUAUGCGGAUCGGGCGCGGUAUUCAGCCUUUUAAAGCUUGAGGUGGGAUGUGUGUGGGCUGAAAUUCCGAGCUGCGGUUGUGCAUGAGAAUACACCCUUCGUGGUACUGCGUCUCCGGGACGUUCUCGGCUCUGUGCGUUCAGUCCCUCAGGAACCGUGGACCUUAAUUUACCUUGCUAAGUUCAGAACACCUCUUCCUUUCCUCUCUCCCCUUUCUUCCUGUCCUUCAAUACUUCCUUAGCUUCCCAUCACGUUCUGUUCUCCCAGCAGGCCUCAUUGUGUGCAGAAACUUGUGGGAGUUGUGCUGUCUCCCCAACUCCUGCUUCCAGUGGGUGUUGUGAGAGUGUCACUACUCCUAAGUCUUUUUGGCCCAAAGACUUACGGCGAGUAGACACAUAGAGUUGGAUCACUUUUUUCUUUCCAGUGAAAUAAAUGGUUUUUCAACUUA